GAAUACGUAUCUGGACAGGGAUGCUCUUUCUUUCUUUAUUAAAGCGGGUAGCAAACUACCAAGAGGCCAUUCAUCCAACAUGGGGAAAUUAUUGACCACGUUUUUUCCGAAACUCCGAAAAUAGAAGGAAUUAUUCCAGAACACUUUUCGAUAUUAUAAAGGAAAAUUUGUCUAGAACAAAACUGGUUAUCAUUGGAGAGAUCAACAAGAGCAUCAGGAUGUUUACUCCAUAAUUUCGCGAUUAUUAAAGUGUAUUUAUAAAAGGCAAUUAUUCCGUUCUCAUUAUGUCAAAAACCAGGUACAUGACAAAUUCCGCAUGUGUAUACAUGUGUACGUAUGUUUCUUAAGUUGCUGAUCAAACGCCGAUUUGUUUAAACCUUCUCUCAGAUCGUUUGCGAAUAGUAAUCAUCAACCAUGCCGUUGACUUUAUAUUACGAUGAACGUAGCCCACCGGUGCGAAGUGUUCUAAUGUUAAUAAAAAUGUUGAAUAUUGAGGUGGAUUUGAAAGAAGUUGAUCUUUUCAAAAGGGAGCAAUUGCGAGAGGAGUUUUUGGAGCUAAAUCCAGCCCAUACUGUUCCGGUUUUGAUUCAUGACGAUCUAACAUUAACCGAUAGCCACGCAAUUUUGAUUCACUUGUGUGAAAAAUAUCAACGUGAUGAUCAGGAUCUGUGGCCCAGGGAUUAUAAAGAACGCCUGAAGGUUUUGAAUUUAUUACUGUUUUCUUGUUCAGUGGUCUUUCGCAGGGACAGUGAUGUUAUGUCGGAAAUUGUUCGUAAAACCUUUCCCAAAAUCGACUUGGAAUAUCAUCAACGUAAAAUCCAUGAAGUUUACGAUAUGAUGGAACGUUAUUUGGGACGAAAUAAAUAUCUUGCCUUGGAUAAAUUGACAAUUGCUGAUCUGUCCGCCAUAACCACAUUGAGUACUGUUGAUCUCAUAUUUCCUAUUCAAACAGAGCCAGAGACAUUAGCAGCAACAGCUAAAUGGCCUCUAUUAACGGCAUGGAUGCAACGUUUGAAAGAAUUACCUGAAUAUCAAAUUAAUGCCAAGGGAUUAAAUAUCUUUCGUGAGGUUCUUAAAGUCUAUGGGAAAUUUGAGUGUCCCACAAGCGCUAUGAUAAACAUAGAAAGCGUCAAUAGACGUCGAAAAUUUGUUGGUGGCGCAUUAUCCAAGUCACUGGAGCGUCGACGACGUCUCGAUGAAUUUCUGCCAUCCUCUGCACGUUUCAGACGUUCCCAUUGUCGGGUCAUUCGUCGUUUGUACCAUCGAUUACAACCGUCAUCAUCAGCUGUGGGAGGACAUAGAUGGGAUGGAACCCGUUCGAGAACAUACACCGAUUCAUCUUCCCUAUUGAACACAAUCAUCGUGGAAAGUGCAUCUCGGAUGAAACUUUUAUGUUUGCUUUCAAUUUCUGUUAUGUUUUUGGAAUCCUUCUUUCGGUUUAUUUUCGGUCAAUACAAAAUUUAUUUUGAAAUUCAUUACCGAAUUAUGGCUUGUGCUCAGCGACAACAAUUUCGAUCUCCGAAGCCAAUCCUUUACUAUGACGAAUUAAAUCCUCAAGGACGUAGCUGUUAUAUGCUGUUGCGGGUUCUUCAAAUUGAUGUAGACUUGAGGUCGCCACAUGAGGAUGGCGAGAGUGUGGAUACCUUCCGCGAAUCGUAUCCUGCUGGUGUGACCCCCACGUUGUUGGAGGGUAAUCUGAAAUUGUGCGAUGGCCAUACAAUAAUGAUGUAUUUGUGUGAUAAAUAUGCAGCUGCACGAUUGCCCCAUUUGUAUCCCUGCGAUUAUAUGGCUCGCAUGGAAAUUCAAAAUAUGCUUUUCUAUGAAGCUGGAAUAUUGUAUCAACUCUACAGUCGGAUAAUGUCAGAUAUUGUUUUGGAGAAAUAUGCCAAUGUCAAUAUGGAUUAUCAUGAGCGAAAGGUGUCGGAAUGCUAUAAUACUUUGAAUCGUUGUUUAAAUGGUCACAUAUUUUUGGUGGGGAAUAGUCUAACCAUUGCCGAUUUCUCCAUAAUCACCACAGUGAGCUCCCUGAAUGCUAUAAUACCCAUUUUGCAAUCAGAAUACCCCAAUUUAUAUCGAUGGUUUGAGAACUUUCAAAAUAUGCAAUGUUAUCAGUUUAAUCAACAAGGAUUAGAUACACAGCGUCAGAUUUUGGAAACAAUUGGAGAAUAUCCAUUUUCUAAUAACAAUGAAUGUUCAAAACGUUCUGGGAAUGAAGUACCCUUUCCAACACCAGAUAAAUGGCAAGAUAAUGCAAAGCUGCUAGAGGAAUAUGAAAAUGCCAAUGGCAAAAAGUCGGCUGCGAAAACUAAGAAGCAGCUAUCAAAAUCUCAAAACUGCCAAAGAGAAUCAUCAAAAGCGGUUUUAAGUCCAAGUGGAGAGAGAAUGGAAAAAAAGUCUACCAAAUGUUCCAAAUAUGAAAAUCCUAAUCCAUUAAAGCCCCCUUGUCUGAACCUCAAAGAACCUGAAAAUAUUGAUGUAGAUAUGAAAUCCCUCUAUGUAAAAUCGCUUGACAACUGUUUCCCGGAGAGUGAGGUAGAGGAUGUUAACGAUACCUUCAAGGAAAACCAAUGCUCCAAUUCCGAUAGAAAUUCAAUAUUAAAAAAAUCUUAUAAAGAUAGACGGGUUAUGGACUGCAAUAAAUAUGCUAAUCCAGAUGGAAAUUUUGAGGAACCAGAAGAUAUUUAUGGAUGUGACCGGACUGAACCAGGUCCUGAAUACCGAACUCGGAGCUCUAAUCGAGCCGAUAAAAUCAAAUGUGUUGAAUUUCGUCAACCCAGUUCGUGUCCUUGUUGCAUGGCUUCAAUGCGAAAGCAAAAAUGUCCCAAAGCCUGUAAACAUGAUAAUCCGGACAAUUGUCAGCUAAGAAAAUUCCAAUCUUGUCUAUGUUUGAAAAUAGAGAAACGUUGUCAGGAAAUGUGCCCCUGUGCCAAGGAAAAGGAUUGUACCAGUGAAGAACAUGAUUAUGAGAAGGAUUUGUAUCAAGAUGAAGAUUUGGAAAUAUCAUCCAGCCAAUGCGAUCAAGGAGAUGAAAAUAAUAACGAAAAUGAUAAUCAAAAUGAAGAUAGUAAGAAUUUUUAUUGUGAGAGCGAUAAUGAAGAGAUGGAGGAGGAGUACGAUAGUCAAUGCGAUAAUAGUGCAGAAGAUAAAGAGUCGGAUGAAUGUGAAUGUGAUUUAUCUCAAGAAGAGUCCCUCGACUGCAAUAAAGAGGAAGAUGAUGAAAGUGAAGUUGAUAAUGAUGAACACGUUUGUGAUAGCAAUGAAAAUUCGGAUAAUGAUGAUGACGAUGACGAGGAAGAUAAUGAAAUCAACACUUCUGGUAUAACAAUUUGUCUUUGUGAUGAUCAGAUGGGAAAAUCGAUGACAAUAUGCUAUGGAAAUAAUGGAUUUGAAAUUCCGGAAAUCGGGCCAUGCAAUCCACAGAAUUUCACAGAAGUGAAAAGAAAGUCAUGUGAAGAAAAUGCUGUGAUGGAAAAAUGUGUGAAUGAAGAUAAUAGUCAAGAUGGAAUUGUGGCAGAUUUACCUAGUUGCCGCUGUUCAAGAUUUAAAAAGCCCACAGAUAGAGUGUCAAAAAUGCACCAAGGCGGGGCUACUAAGGAUUAUGAUGGCGUAGCCUUGGUGUGCCAUUGCGACAUGGUAGAUUCGUCGUGUUUUUUAUGCACCUGCGAAGAUUUACCAAAUAAUGGAGCAAUGAAAGGACAGAAUUGUAAUCAGGGAAAAAGACAAAACUUUGCCAAAGAAAGACCCUCCUACCCAUCGAAAACAGCGGAAAAGAGAGCAUGCCAAAGUAAAGUAUGUAAAUGUAAUUGCAAUACCGAAGAAUCCGAAGAUAGUUGUUCCGAAGCAACUUCCUCAGAAUUGGCCAGCGAGGAUAGUAUCUGCUCGAAGCCAGCAUUUCGUCCCUCUGUCGUUUGUCACAAUUUACAGGAGAUUGAAAGAUUAUCAGCCGAUGAAAAUGAGUCACUUGAUGAGUGUGAUAAGAAACGAAAUGGGAAUGCCAAUAAAGGGAAAUCUAAGGAAAAAAGUAAGGAAGGUAAACCUUCGUCGGAAACAGAAACCAAAAGUCCCUCACGUUUCCAGAAAAAUGAGAAGAAAUCGAAUGAUCCAAAUAAAAUUGAAACAAGUGUGAAAGAGAAGGAUCAAAUUUCGAAGGAUAUUCAAAUUUCAAACAGUAAACCCAGUACGGAUAAGUCAAAAUUGCUUCAAGAAAAACCUGCCAAAUGUAUGGAAAAGGACUUGAAAAAUGGAAAAGACACCUCAUAUCCCAAGGCAUCCGGAAAUACAAAUAGUGCUGUUCAAAGACAAAAAUGCGGAGGUAUACCUUCAAAAGAUGAGAACGAUGAAAAAGGCAAUUGUCAGAUGGAACCACAAAAGGCUACAGGAUCGGAAUUGAAUGAGUGUGAUAAAGAAAUAGCCGAUGAAGAAGUGCAAAUCAAGGCUGGCCAGCAGAAAUGUCGGAUUUCAAAUCCAUCAAAAACCAAAGAGAUGUCGAAAAAGGAGACUCAAAAUCGACAAUCCUCAAAUGUGAGCAGAGGACAAAAAAGUUCAACAGCUGGUGGGUCAGGGUUAAGCCCCAACAGACCAUGUCGGGAAGUUUUAGAUCAGCAAAACAACAAAAACAACACCUCCAUAAAUAGAGCCAUUUAUAAUGAAAUGAAAUCCUGUAAAAGAGAACUACAAAAUUCGAAAGGGAGAGAGGAGGACAUUCCUCAAAGAAAAACUCAGCGAACAUUUGGGAGAUGCCAAGAUACCACGAGGAAGAAUAUGCCAGUUUCUACAUUUGCUGGUAUUGAUUCAACGUUUAAUGCCGGAUCUGGAUGCUGUUCUCAAGAGGAUUAUAGAUCCUGUCCAACAACUGAAAAUCAGGAUACAAUGUACGAAAACGAGUCAUUUUGCCUUGACAAAGUGAUGGGUCCAAUUGUGGAGAGAAGUAUGGGAUGUUGUCCUCAAAAUGCUCCAAGAAAAUCUGAAAGGGGAUGUUGCUCCGAAAAUAAUGGUAAUGGACAGACAUUUGUAAACCAAAGAAUGGAAUGUUCUCCAAGAACUUCUCAAAGAAAAUGUGUGCAAAUAUCGAAAACAGGAAGGCCUGAAAUUUCCAAUCAGAACAAUGAUGAAAAACGUAUAACUGAACGGUCACCCCAAAAUACAUCCCACAAAACAACAAAAAUUAUCCGCCCUAAACAAUCUGGGUGUUCCACUCAAACAGGUCUGGGUAAACAGACCAGAAAUAUAGCUCAAGAAUCACAUAACGAAGAUAUUUGCAAAGAUUCCCUGGCGAAACAAAAUAUAUCUAAUGUCGACGAAUUAGGGAGUCCAGUUGGAAAUCUAAAGCUAGUCCCUUGCUGUGACAGUCAGUUAGAAUCAAGUCCUGCCAAACAAAUACAGUGUUCUCCUCGAAAUAUUUCUAAGAAAUCAGCACCGAAAUCUGGAUUUCAAGAAUCUACAUGUAGAACUGACAAGGAUCACUGUAAAGAAGCCGAAAACGCAGAAACUUUAAGCAAAGCUGACAGGUGCAGUGGUAUCAAGUCAAGACAAAAUGAACCCCAAAAAUUCAGAAAAUCACCCCAAGACAAAAACUCUGCACGAUGUGCUCAAUUCGAUAACUACAAACUGGAUGAAGAUAAUUGCCAACAUUUCCCUGAAGAUAAUUAUUCUCCACGAAAUAUAUCCUCGCAAUUGACCAAUAAUCAAACCAAAACCACCUCAAAUUCAAUUUCCUGUACAGUAUCCUGUCAAAUACCCAAACUGGUGGUGGACAACAUUUGUAGAACCUGCCAUAAACAACUGACAGCAUGUAGGUGCAACACAAAAAAGUUACAGUCUCAGAGAGCCUGUGAAUCGAUUGGUAACAACAAAUUGAAAACAAAUGCUAGGGUAAUGUGUCAAGAAGCAUCUACUCCGGUCGAUAGCGAGCCAACAGAGACUGGUUGCGACAAUUCAAAGGAGAAAUCGAAUUCAAAUCAAAAACAAAGUAAAUCUCAGUGCCAACGAAGUCCGACUACCAGCAGUUCUGGAUCAAAAGCCAACGAGAACGAUAAUAACCAACAAUGCCACCAAGAGCCUACUGUUCCGGAAGCUAAUAAAUCUAUCAGUAGUUCUAAAUCAAAAUCCAAUAAAAAUGCCAAAUAAAAUUGGAUGACUUUGAUAGAACAUGUAAAUUAAGUUGGAGUGUUUAAAUUACGGUCUGUUAG